AUCAGAAUUCUGCUUAUGCUCUGUUGCUGCUCUUUCUUCAUCAUCUGCUUUUAUUUCACCAGUUGUCCGUUCCUGGCACAGCAGCUGACCCCCAUCAUUCCAGUCCUAGGAGGAGCUCUGUUUUUGUUUGUACUGGGGACUCUAUUGAGAACCAGCUUCAGUGACCCCGGCGUCCUGCCUAGGGCCACCCCUGACGAGGCAGCGGAUUUGGAGAGACAAAUAGAUGUGGCCAACGGCACCAAAGGCUACAGACCUCCUCCCAGGACCAAAGAGGUUGUCAUCAACGGCCAGACAGUCAAGUUGAAGUAUUGCUUCACAUGCAAAAUCUUCAGACCACCACGUGCCUCCCACUGCAGCCUCUGCGACAAUUGUGUGGAGCGUUUCGACCACCACUGUCCCUGGGUGGGAAACUGUGUGGGAAGGAGGAACUACCGUUUCUUCUACAUGUUCAUCCUCUCCCUCUCCUUCCUCACCAUCUUCAUCUUCGCCUUUGUCAUCACACACAUCAUUUUAAGUUCAUAUCAAAAGGGAUUCCUCACUGCACUUAAAGAAAGUCCUGCAAGUGUGCUGGAGGUGGUGGUGUGUUUUUUCUCUGUCUGGUCCAUAGUGGGCCUCUCAGGCUUCCAUACCUACCUGAUCAGCUCCAAUCAGACCACAAACGAAGAUAUUAAAGGGUCGUGGUCUUCCAAAAGAGGGAAGGACAACUACAACCCUUACAGCUCUGGUAAUAUAUUCACCAACUGCUGUGUGGCACUUUGUGGACCCCUGCCACCAAGUCUCAUUGACAGACGAGGCUUCAUCGAAGCAGACGCACCACAGAUGGCACCACCGACCAAUGGCAUCACCAUGUAUGGUGCCACCCAGUCCCAGCAAAGCCACAUGUGUGAUCAAGACCAGUGCAUUCAGAGCACCAAAUAUGUUUUGCAGGCUGCCACCACCCCCCUCCUACAGCAGCAUAGCAGCGAGCCAGUCAUCAUAACGUCUUCCCCUGAAAACGGGACGUCUCUGCCCGCCCGGGCCUCCCUUACCCUGGGCGGGCCUUGCUCCUCGCUGCCCCUCGGCCAGCCGACCCCGCCGACGUCCACCCCCAGCCUGAGCUGCCACGAGGCCACAGACAUGCUGCCGAUCCACGGACACGCACUAAACCACACCCACCCCCUCCAGGAGCAGGCAGCGCUCCACCACUAUCUCACGCCAGAGGAAGUGCCGUCGCCACCGGGCAUGCUACACUGCGGCAGCCCGCUGGGCCACAGCCACACCGUGCAGACCAGUUUCUACAACCCGGCCAGCCAAGACUCGCUACACGAGGACUCGGUCAGGGGGUUGGUGAAGCUCAGCUCUGUCUGACAGUGGGAUAUAUAAACCCAACUCCUUCUGAAGACUUAAAACUCUCCUGAGCUGCUUUGGUAUUGGCUGACUCCCUCAUGAGUUACAGACUCCAGCUGCUAGAAACUGUGUUGAAGCUAUCUGAAGUGAAGAAAAACGUGUUCUCAGCCAUCAUGUUGCCAAACCUGUCUGCUGGAACUGUGAGAGAAAAGUUACAGUUUGUGUGCGACCACUCAGAGAUAAACUGUUGGGUUUAUUUUGUACUUCAAGGGAAGAUUAGACAACUUUAAUUUGAUAAUCUGCAAACUGGACUUUGCUUUUCGAAGCGGUAUCUACGUCUGUAAGCCAUUUCGAGCAAAAACAAAAGGAACUGAUUCAACACUUCAGGUCUGAAAGCUGCAUUUCUGCCACUGGAUUGGACCGGAUUUUUGUUAAAUAUAAUUGAACCGACUUGCCUGUUGCUGAUCUGACCAUGUCUCCUGCCUUUAUUUUCAGCAUUGUGAUGGUUUUUGUCAUUAUGUUGCAUAUCAUCCUGCUUUUUCUAUGUAAAAGAAAUCAAAGACUGUUGUACUGUACCAUAGUUACUACAACUCUUACAAAUUAUAUUUCCUGUGGAUAUUAAUAAAACACCAACUUUUUACCAGA